AUGGACGGGCCCAGGGAACUGUGCUUGGCGUGCACCAAGCCAGCCGCGAGCGCAUGCGCCCGUUGCCACUGCAGCAGAUACUGCUCGAAGACCUGCCAGGCGGCCGACCACCCGACCCACAAGCUUCUUUGCCGCACCUACUCAUCACUCAACCGGUCAAUUCGGCCCAGCCACGAGCACAAACUCGGCAUCCUCUUCCCACCAGACGACCGCAAGCCGACGCUCGUAUGGGUGCACUUCACGUGGCACGAGGACGACGAGGACUUCGACGACAGCUUCACCAGCCGGUUCCAGAUGGCGGACAGCGCGGCGCAUCUGGGCGAGCACGGGGCCGAGAGCCAGAUCCAGUACAAUGCGGUGCUGCAGCGCGAACUCCCCAACACCAUCCGCAUCGCGUAUCGAGACGCCUUCCUCAAAGACGGGUCGCAGCCCAACCUCGCCAUCCAGUCGCUCCCGGUCCCGCGCGGCAACAUGUUCGACUGGCGAGGCCCAAUCCUGGCGUACGGCAUGCAUGGGCUCGGAGUGGACCAGACGGUGAGCCGCGAUCUCGACCUCAACGACCUGCGCCACCUCGCCGACUUCUUCGUCACAUACAGCAACGGCGCGGCGGUCGACGGAGACGCCCGCGCCGACGGCGACAGCAAGAAGGUCAAGGGCGUGAAGAUCAGCUGCCAAGGCGACCAGGACGCGUUCGGGCUGCCGCCCUUCCUGGAGGUCGAGGUGCCGGCGACGCACGCCAUCUUCGCGGGCGGCGACCACGACGCCUCGGAGCUCGCCGCCCGCGUCGGCAUCCCCGUCCUCACGCGCAAGUACCCGGCCAGCUCGGCGUGGACGACGACGACGACGACGACGACGACGACGACGACGCAGGAGCGAGAGACGGCCUCCAAGACCGGCAUGAGGCACCCGUUCGCCAACCAGGCGGCCACGUCGCUGCACCUCGCGUGCCGCGACGACGAGGGCGCGGGCAUGGCGUGGGGCUGGGCGCCGGCGGCGUGGCAGCACCAUGUGGGCAGCGUGCUGGCGGUGCGGGCGGACCGCAAGCCGCUGCACCCGCUGCACAUUGAGGCGCUGUGCCGCUUCUGCCAGUUCGAAAUGGCGCCCAUGUUCGAGCACUCGCUGGGCAUGUACGGCGGCGCGCGGUCCAAGCCGCUGAGGCGCGAGGCGGUCCUGGGCCACGCCACGCGGCCCUUCUUCGAGCUGUUCUGGAGCAAGAUGCUGGACCAGAAGCUCAAGGAGAGCGACGGCGCGGCGAGCAAGGUGUGGGACCCGUACGAAGAUGCCGAGGAGCACGAGCGCGAGAUGGAGGCCCUCUUUGCGAGCCUGGGGUUUCAUGCGCCGGGAAGCGAUGGCGACUGA